CGUUGCAAGAUUUUAAAUUAUGAAAUAAUUUCUUUAAGAUCUAGAACCAUGCAGCUUAUCUAACUAUUCCUGUUCAGUUUUGGCAAGUUGUUCAAGGAAUCUAAUUUAUUAAAUUUUUUAGACAAAGUUUCAUAAUAUCAGUUUAUUAUCUUAAAAAAAAUCUAUAGCAUCUGUACUUCCUUUUUCAUUCCUUAUACUGCUAAUUUGUGUUUCUGCUGUUUUUCAAUUAUAAAAUACACAAAUUUAUUACCUUAACCAUUUAUAAAUCUACAGUCAGUGGUAUUAAAUAGUUCACAUUUCUGUGCAAUGAUCACCAGUAUACAGCCGCCGAAACGUCAUCUUGUUAAUCUGACACCUACACCCACUCACACCGUCUACCCGACCCCGGCCCCCGCCGCCCUACUUUCUCUAGGAUUUUGACCAUUUCCUGCUACCUUUCCAGCUCCAGCCGCCCCCUGCCCUGGAAAGAAUGACACGGGAUUUACACUUUACCGUGUGGUUGGAAAGGUUACUGAAUUAUUACAAGAAAAGCACAGGAAGGCUUUCCCGGUCCUGCUCCGGCGGAAAUCAGCCAUUUCUGUCACUCCCAGCCGGCUUCCGACCCCGGACAAGGACGUCGCCAACCCUACGCCGUCCGACCCCCUCGCCCCAUGGGACGAGAGCUCGAACACGAGCCGGCAUCCGAGCGCAGAGCUGGAGCUCGCGCGACAACCGAAGGCGGGACCUCAAAAUGAGUUUGCACAGGGAGCUCCACCCAGGACUGAGUCUUCACCGGGAUGCGCCCGAGCGCACCGCGCCUGCGCAGUUCAGGGCGUUGGCUCACUCUCCAGACAAGGGGGGGUGGGCGUGGACGGUGGCGCAUGCUCGCGGAGCCGGGUCCAGGGUGGCGCCUUCUACGGCGGGGUUGGGGCGGGCAGUCUGUUCACAGAGCGCCUGCGCGGAGAGAGGGCGGUGGCUUGGGUUCUUGGUGGAUGCCGGGUUCCCUCCGUUUCGGAGGUGUGGACGCCGACCUCAGCGGAGAAACGCGACUGAGAAAUGAAGGGAAAAAUGAAACAUUAAAGCAGCAGUUAUGUACAGAUCCCAAAGGAACCAUGGCAACACCAGGUGACUGCCCCAGAAGUGAGUUGCAGGAGGAGGAGGACCCUACCGCACAGGCUGAGCAGGAGUGCCUCGAGGGGGCGGUGCACCCGGAGGAGUUCGUGGCCAUCGCAGACUAUUCUGCCACCGACGAGACGCAGCUCAGCUUUUUGAGAGGGGAAAAGAUCCUCAUCCUGAGACAGACGACUGCGGACUGGUGGUGGGGCGAGCGUGCGGGCUGCUGUGGGUACAUCCCGGCGAACCACCUGGGGAAGCAGCUGGAGGACUGGGACCCCGAGGAUUCCUGGCAGGAUGAGGAGUACUUCGGCAGCUAUGGAACCCUGAAACUUCACUUGGAGAUGUUGGCAGACCAGCCACGAACGACUAAGUACCAUAGCGUUAUCCUGCAGAAUAAAGAAUCCCUGAAAGACAAAGUGAUUCUGGACGUCGGCUGUGGGACUGGAAUCAUCAGCCUCUUCUGUGCACAUUAUGCUCAGCCCAGAGCCGUGUUUGCGGUGGAGGCCAGUGAGAUGGCCCAGCACACGGGGCAGCUGGUCAUGCAGAACGGCUUUGCUGAUGUCAUCACCGUGUUUCAGCAGAAGGUGGAAGAUGUGGUGCUGCCGGAGAAGGUGGACGUGCUGGUGUCUGAGUGGAUGGGCACCUGCCUGUUGUUUGAGUUCAUGAUCGAGUCCAUCCUGUAUGCCCGGGACGCCUGGCUGAAGGAGGACGGGGUCAUCUGGCCGACCACAGCCGCCCUGCACCUGGUGCCCUGCAGCGCCGACAAGGACUACCGGAGCAAGGUGCUCUUCUGGGACAACGCCUAUGAGUUCGACCUCAGCCCUCUCAAAUCUUUAGCAAUUAAGGAGUUUUUUUCGAAGCCCAAGUAUAACCACAUUUUGAAACCAGACGACUGUCUCUCUGAGCCAUGCACCAUAUUACAGUUGGACAUGAGAACUGUGCAGGUCGCCGACCUUGAGACGAUGAAAGGCGAGCUGCACUUUGACAUACAGAAGGCAGGCACGCUGCAUGGAUUCACAGCCUGGUUCAGCGUCCAGUUUCAGAACCUGGAGGAGGACGAGCCACAGCUGGUGCUGAGCACUGGCCCGCUGCACCCCACUACCCAUUGGAAGCAGGUGCUGUUCAUGAUGGAUGAGCCUGUCCCCGUCCUCGUGGGAGAUGUGGUCACGGGCACAGUGGUGUUGCAGAGGAACCCCGUGUGGAGGCGACACAUGUCUGUCACCCUGAGCUGGUUCAUCACUUCUGCACAAGACCCUGCAUUGCAGAAAGAGGUGGACCCUCCUGGUCACAGGAAGCAGUGGUGCAGGGAGGUUGGGGAGAAAGUCUUUCCCAUCUGGAGAUGACAGGACAGCUCUGUGGGGGACGUCCAUUGCAUCUUGGGGGACAUACGUGACUCUGAGGAGUCACUCCUGGACGGAUGCGUGUCCUGGGAAAGCCAUGGACUUGCUCCAGGAUGGGGUGGUGACACCCCCACCCACGGGCUCAGGGCUUCAGGGUCCUCCCCAUACGCCUGGCGCUGCGGGGCUCGCACUCACCAUUGUCACUGCCCUGCCCGUCCUGAAACCUGGGCUGUGUUUCCAGUGUCCACUGUGGGUAGUUGGUGGCCCACUGUCCCUCAGCCAGGCCCGUCCUGAGCUCACAGGACAUGCUUGUCAACCCUGUGCUGUGAAGGUGGAUGUUCAUGCAUCGUGUGUGCGUGUGUCCUUCCCGCCCUCGGCUCAUCGCUCAGCUCACGGACGUGGCGUCCCAGAUCAUCGCAAGAGCUGGAGGUGUGAUGCAUGUGGUGGGGCUCUGCAUGGGGUAGUCCACUUGUAGCAACGUCUUCCAGAUAAGUUAUGGGUCAGCACAUAGGACAUGCUCAAUAAAUAUUUUUUAAUAAA